UCAGAACAUCCAGAACUCCUGAAGCCUUCCUAUUCCACACACAACCAAAAAAGAAACACAACAGCUGCCAGUGUUUUGCCCAAAGCCAUGGGGAUCUGGACUGCCUUCUUCUUGUUUGGUCUUUUGUUGGGCACAGGAAAUACAUCAUGCCCAUGGCCUGCUCUUGGAGGCAAGUUUUACAAGUUCUUCAAUACCAAAGUUGGAUGGGCUGAUGCAGAGGUUCACUGUUUGAAGAACGGUGGCAAUCUUGCUUCAGUUCAUAACAAGGAGGAAAACUUCUUCAUUCAGAAUCUCAUCAAACAAGCCACUGGUUCCAACACCAGGACCUGGAUCGGUGGCUAUGAUGCUGUAAAAGAAGGAACAUGGCUCUGGAGCGAUGGGCUCGAAAUGAACUUCAAGAACUGGGGUUAUACUCAGCCCAGUAACUACCUGGGGAAAGAGCACUGCAUUGAGGUGAACUAUGCAAGCUCACCUCAAUGGAACGAUGACAACUGCAGCUCAGAGAAGCCGUUCGUUUGUGUUAGAAGAGGCUAGAAGUAGCAGUCGAGAUUUUCUCACUUGAAUCCAUCUGCAAAAAAAAAAAAAAAAAAUUAUAAUACGAUUCAAUAAAGUUAAGCAAGCUCUG